AUGUUCAAGUUGUGUAUCGUAGCAGCCCUUCUUGCCCUCUCAGUAGCUUCCCCGGCUCCUGAAGCCAAAGCUGACCCGAAACCUCAAGUCCUAGCGGCCUAUGCAGCUCCUGUAGCCUACACGUCCGCCUAUUCCGCAGCACCAGUUGCCUAUUCAAGUUACGUAGCUCCUGCAGUUUAUGCCAGCGGCUACUCUGUUUACUCACCAUAUACUUCUCCAUACGUAGUAUAUUAG